AUGGAUUUAAGUCUUAGCAACUUCAUUGAUUUCCGGAUUCGGGAGCCUUAUAAAAGCGACGAAUUGACGAAGUUUGUUCAAGACCUAGAGCAACUGCAGCUACCAGACCUCAAUUCGCUGCCUGAGAUUACGGACGAGGAAAAACAAAUUAUACGAGAAGAUUUUGAAUAUAAAAAGGCGAGAAUUGGAUUAGACGAUGCUUGGCUUGAAGCCUCAGAGCUUGAAGAACCGGUGCCGAUUCUCCGUGAUACGGUAGAGCUGCUCUUAGAAAUUAAAAACUUUCUGAGAAAGUACGAAGAUUAUGGAAAAGAUAAUAAUAUUGAUUCUCUGGAAAAGGACUGGAAUCGAUUAUCGACACAAGAAGACCGGAGUGGAAUAUUACCAAACUGUGUUCUUCGUAUGACAGAAUUAUUGUACAAACAAAAGAAGGAGCAGAAUAAAAUGAAGUUAAAAGAAAUUAUUCGAGAACAGCUGAAACUCGAUUUUCAAUGGCCUUCUCUGGGCGGUAAAGAAUACUCCCUAACGGUUUACAGAAGCUUUGUCGACCAUCUUCGAACUAUUAAUGCUUUUGCAAUUGGAGAUUCAGGACAUCCACUAUUCUUGGAAGUUUUUGUAGAACCCUAUGCAAAUCAAUUUCGCUACCACUUCAUGUCUAAACGGCAAACCAAUUUAAUUUCGAAACCCGAGUGGUUUUACGAAUAUCUCUUAAAAACUUUUCGCUCAUUGAGAGGAUUCUUUGUUAAUCUCAAAAAAUGUGAAGCGGUGUCAUCAUAUUCUUUAUUUUCAGUUUUUAUUUUAAUGCUUAAUGAUCUUGUUAAGGAAAAGCUUUCUCAUACGGCAAUAUUUGAUGAUUAUUUAGUUCAUUUAACUCACGAAACUCUUCAGUAUACUGUUCAUUUGAAACAGUAUUUCGGCUCGGAUCAUGAUUACUUGAUAGACUUUUUGUUUUGUCAGCCCUUCAUAUAUGAAAAGUGGCUUAACUUGGAAAGUCAACAAAUGAAUGAAAAGCUAAAUGAUAUAAAAUUUUCUAACGACGCUUGGGAUUUGGCUCUUGAUCAAGCUAAUGACUACAGUUUUACAGUUCCAACAAAGACUACAGUCCGUUUUCGAGAUAUGAUGGAGUCAACAUAUGCUACCCUUCUUUUAUUACCUUCUUUCAAGUAUAAAGUGAAUUUUUUUGAAAAGGUUCAGCUGGGACCAUUACAACAUUACCUGCAGUGGCUUCAAUCAUUCUAUGAAGCACAUGAAAGCUCUCAAAGCGAAGCAUUACCUGGGUCGCUACAGCCAACUCGUCAAAACAAAGCUAUUGAAGUAGAGCGUAUGUGCAAGUUGUACAGCAAUUUUUAUCUCUUGAAAGAGUGGAUAGAUGAUUAUGAAGAUGAAGAAGUAUAUAUUGAAAUUGGAAGUCAAUAUGGUAACAAAGAACAUUCUUCCUUUUUCAACAUAAAGAAUGAAAUUGAUUCUUUGAAAACAUCAUCAUUUCGACUCAUUUUACGUGCUGCAGUACAGAUGCUACAGCCUUUAAUUAAUGACUAUGCUGACAUCGAUACAUGGGUUAUUAAAGAUCAACCGCUGAAUGUUGCUGUUGCUACAUCCUCAGUAUCAUCAGAGAUAUUGGACAUACAAAAUGCCUUAAAAGUGUUGUUAAAAAGCUUAGAGAAUCUUCUUUCAGGUGCUUCUUUGCGUGAGGUUGUAUACCAAUUAGGAAUAAUUGUCGAAAAAUGGUUUUGUAACAUUAUAAUGUCUCAUCAAUUUAGUCUUCGUGGUGGUAUACAGUUUGCAAGAGAUAUAAUGCAAAUAUUGUUGGAAUUUUCAUACUAUCCAUUAUUGACAUUUAAAAAAUUGACAUCAUUUGUUGAACUGCUCUCGUUAGAUACGAGUAAAGAAAUGAGUGUGAAGGAUUUUAUUACUGCCAUUAAAGAUGAGAAUUACCUAGUUGUAGAUCAACUAUUAAAAGAAAAAGGGAUUGAGCUCCAUUAUGCAGAAGUGCUUAACGUUUUAUAUCGACGGGUAGAGGCAUGGAAGGACUAA